AUGACGAGAGCUCUCAGGAACCAGAGCAGCUUCCUCGGGAGAACUGGGCCAUCAAGCCGAGUGGAGGAGGGAACUGUUAGAAGUACUGAGGUCUGUUCUGCGCUGCGAGUGCGAGACUACGAGCCGCUACCAAACGUAAACCCAGCAGUCUCCAGGUUGCUUCAUGCCUCAGUUGAAAUCGCCUCUGGGAUUAAUCUCACCAAUGAUGCGCUUGACGUGCAGUGCUGUGCAGCGGCGCAGAAUCGCCUCUUUGAUCUUAUUGUCAAUAACUGUCUGAGAUUCUGCACUGAGAUUCUGCAGCGUCUUGUGAACAAUGGGACAAUUACCCAGGAUCAAUUCGAUGCGCUGGCUGAAAAGGGAUUUCAACCACUCGUCUAA